AUGGAGUUCCGACUCUCUUUCAAACAAAGUUUGUCUCAGAAUGACCCAGAUGGGAAAAGACUGAACACUUACGUGGUGUCUGCAAGUGUGACUAAUGCCACAGGACGCAUUGAAAACCUAAAAGAAUAUAUUGCUGUCACUCUGCACCAUCUAACAACUAAGAAUGAUGUCCAGUGUGUCUACUGGGAUUUCAAUAAGAAUGAUGGAUAUGGUGGAUGGAAUCCAAAGGGGUGCUGGACGUAUAAUAGCAGCAGUGAUUACACAACCUGUCUGUGUGACCACAUGACCCACUUUGGAGUGCUGCUGGAUGUGUCCAGAACUCCCAUUGAUGAGAAGAAUGAGCAAAUCCUCACUCUUAUUACAUACAUGGGCUGUGGUGUGUCUUCAUGCUUUCUUGGGAUCACAGUGCUAACAUACACCCUUUUAGAGAAGUUAAGAAGAGACUACCCAUCCAAAAUUCUGUUGAAUCUGUCUCUUGCGUUACUGGGACUGAACCUGGUGUUCCUGCUGAACUCCUGGAUUUCUUCUUUUGGCAUCUAUGGCCUGUGCAUUGCUGUGGCGGUGACCUUACACUAUUUCCUACUGACUUCCUUUACCUGGAUGGGCUUAGGGGCUGUGAAUAUGUACUUUGCUUUGGUUAAAGUUUUCAAUGUGUAUGUGCCCUCAUACAUCUUGAAAUUCUGCCUGCUUGGCUGGGGGAUUCCACUUAUUAUAUGUGGCUUGGUGGUGGCUAUAAAGAGAGAUGCAUAUGGCAUGAACACCAUGAGUGAUUCUCAGAUGACACUGGAUGAUUCAGAAAUGUUUUGUUGGGUGCAAAAUGAUGUGGUUUUCUACGUGUCAGUAGUGAGCUACAUAGCCUUCAUACUGCUGUGCAAUGGCUCCAUCUUCUUAGUGGUUCUGAUCCAGAUCCGAAACAUGCAAGUCAAUCAACCGGCCGGCACCCAAAAUGGGAUCUUGAAAGACCUGCGGGCUGUGGCGAGCCUUACCUUCUUAUUGGGUCUCACCUGGUCUGUGGCUUUUCUCGCUUGGGGUCCUGUUAAAGUGUUCCUCCUCUACCUGUUCUCCAUACUGAACAGUCUUCAAGGUUUCUUUAUUUUUGUGUUCCAUUGUCUCAUGAAGGAAAACGUACGCAAGCAAUGGAGAAUACAUUUAUGUUGUGGAGCUUUCAAGCUGCAGGAAUACUCUGAAUGGAGCCAAACUGCAACUGUGGUUCCCAAACACAAACCCAAUCCACCAAAUACGUUUCCUUUCAUGGCAUCUGUGAGAUCCAUCAAGUCUAAUUCAACUCAGAGCUCAACGGUUUCCUUAGAGUCCAGUCAACAUCAAAUGACUAUCACAAGACCCGACCUUGGAUGUGUAUAUGAAAACAGUUUGGUAAUACCAAGAGCCAGAACAGGAUAGAUGGUUCUUCCAUAUGAUACAUCUCCUGCCACAGCAAGUGGGCUUCAGUUUCCUUCAAGGCCAUGGAAGAAUGGAUUUGACACAGAUAUCUACCCAACAUAAAUGUGACUGUUUUUGUUUGUUGCUCUGUACUGAAGCACACAUUUUUCUGGUAACUUUCCAUUUUAAAA